AUGGACGACACCACUUUGCGGGCGGCCGAUACAAAAAAGAGCCGCCCUUUCGACAAGCGAAAAAAACGGAAACCGAAGAAGAAGAAACAACCAUCAAAUGAUCACCAACUCACAAACGAUGAUCCGCUACCGACGCUGCAGGCCUCGCUAGAUGCUAGAAUGGACGCUGAAUCUGUCGCCAAACAUUCUCUGGUUCCUAUGAGUCCGCGCAAACAGACGCUCAUGCGCCACAGAAAGUCGGAUGCAACCAUCGGGGAACCGCUUUUUGUUAGUGAAGUUAAGGAGCUCAAGAAGAACCGCAAGCCAUUGCCUGCGCCUGUUGACGAGGUAGAAUACCGCAAAUUUUCUUUGGAUUUAUCGAACCAAACUGUCGAAGAUAAGGUCUCUUUAUACAAGUGUCCAGCAGCGCGUAUUGUGGUAUUUCACGAGCAACUUGAGGAUUCGGCAACCAACGCAUCAUCGGGGACACUUUUGGGCCACGGAGAAUUCGAAAUCUUCCAACUCCAUAAUGGUGACGUGACUUACUUAGCAUGCGGCAGGCUGUUCGUGUAUCCACUCUUGCCCAAACUCAAGAUGCUUCGCAUCGACAAAAACCAGUUCAUUCUUCCACUUGUGAACCCGCAAAGGUACUGGAAGAUUCAUAUUGAUUCCGAGGAUGCACUUGUGAUUAGCGAAUUGGAGGCUGUUCUCAAGAAACUCGUCAAUUAUACCAAUCUAUCGCUCAAUGGUGUCAAUGGAACAGAAGGAGGUGGUGGCAUAAAGGGAUCAGAAAGAAUUGCACAAACGAACGAAAGAACGAAUGCAACAGAACAAGUGAAUGGAGGAAAUGAAGAUAACAUUCAAGAGGGAUUGAAUUAUCAAGAAGGAGCAAAUGGAAAAGGAGGAACAAAUGGUGCAGCCCAUGAAGUAUCCAGAAAUCAUGCUGUUUACACUCUUGCACAACCGGAUGCGGAGAAAGAUUCAACUCCUUCCGGCCACUUCACCCCAUUUUUCAGCCAUGUCCCCGAACUGCCUCCUUCUGCACCGGUUUCUCCCAGUAAUCUCAACUUGUUUGUGCAAGAUAACUUCCAACUACUGCCAGUGAAGCAGCCCGUUUUUUCGGUAAUGCCGAAGAAAAUGAAUCAGUCUAUCAACUCUUCAUUGGCUAACUUUAACUUGGGUGGGCAGUCACGCAAGAGUAGGAUAAAUGGAACUCUGAAGCAUGGUCUAGAUGAUCUGCAAAAUGUGAUACUUGCCAACCCAUAUCAAAAAGCCAGUAAUGGCAUCUCUGAUCGCCACUCUGACCUGUCAUCGAUGGAUUCACUCCUUGAUGAGUACGAAGAGAAUAUUUCUACAACAAAAUCCAUCAACUUCAACAUCUCACGGCCCCCAUCCCGGGCAGUAUCUGUCACCUCCAGUGCUCAUCCACCCCCCGUACAAUACCAGCGAGGAAAAAUGGCACUUUUUCCAGACAGAAUCAUUAACCUGGGGUCUCAUUAUGGAACCGUGGAAGAAGAGGAAGAAGAGGAUGACUUCCCAACAACUUCACUUUCUCAAUACAACAGAACACGACAAAAUACGCGGAGUGUGCGGUCUAGACGGUCUUCACGAAGCGAGCUUUACACUUCGGUGAGUAAUUGGAUGGAACCUGGCUCUAGAACUGCUCUUGCACACUCCAAAUCCACAUACUCAUUGGCCAGCAAGCACAGCACCUCGCGUCAGCCCAACUUGAAUGAAAUUUACCGUUCGAUUACCCUGAAUAACUUGUCGCUAAUAGCUUCAGGUAAAGACAAAGAGCACGCACAGAAGGCACACACUACAGCAAGCAAGGCCCCAAUAACCAAAGGGCCCAGCAGUCCUUAUUAUUCGAAAUUACUUGUUUCUGAGCAAGUCAAUCGCAAAAAAGCAGAAGUGGAGCAUCGCGAGCUCAAAAACAAGCAAGAUGGCCUCAGCUCCAAUGAGGUUUAUCAGCUACUUAGUAGUAGAGAGCAACGAUCCGAAAAACGAAGUGGGAUUGGCCGUUUUUUCGGAUGGUGA